UGGGAGGAAAGGUUAAGCCAGUUGUCCCAGGACGCGCAGCUGGGAAGGCGCGAGGCUUAAACCCAAGGCCACGCUGCCUUUACGCCAGCAGUCCGCGCCCUUAGUUCUUGUGCCCUAACGUCCCCCAACAUUCCCGGGCCUUUUUCACCCGGUUCCCGGGGAGCAGGCGCCACCCAUUUCCCCAGGAGGAGUAGGGAGAAGGCGGGUCCCCGGGCGCAGUCCCCUCCCCGACCGUUCCCCAGCUUUAAGCCUGCGCGGGGCCAGGCGCGGACAGUCCCGAGCCGGUCCGCUCCGCCCGGCGAUCGCGCAGAUGGCGGCGCUGGCGGCUGUGGCCAAGAAGGUGUGGAGCGCGCGGCGGCUGCUAGUGCUGCUGCUCGCCCCACUCGCGCUGCUGCCGGUGGUCUUCGCCCUGCCGCCCAAGGAAGGCCGUUGCCUGUUUGUCAUCCUGCUUAUGGCGGUGUACUGGUGCACGGAGGCCCUGCCCCUCUCAGUGACGGCCCUGCUGCCCAUCAUCCUCUUCCCCUUUUUGGGCAUCCUACCCUCCAACAAGGUCUGCCCCCAGUACUUCCUGGACACCAACUUCCUCUUCCUCAGCGGUCUGAUCAUGGCCAGUGCCAUUGAGGAGCGGAAUCUGCACCGGAGAAUUGCCCUCAAGGUCCUGAUGGUCGCUGGGGUCCAGCCAGCCAGGCUAAUCCUGGGGAUGAUGGUGACCACCUCCUUCCUGUCCAUGUGGCUGAGCAACACCGCCUCUACUGCCAUGAUGCUGCCUAUUGGCAAUGCCAUCCUGAAGAGUCUCUUUGGCCAGAAGGAGGCUCAGAAGGACCUCAGCAGGGAGUGUGAAGAGAGUACAGCUGCUGCGCGGGGAAACAGUUUGCACGCGGUGCCCACGGAGAUGCAGUUUCUUGCCGGCACAGAAGACAAAGGCUGCUCUGAGGAGGCAGAGGCUCCACUGGAUCUCCUGGCAGACUCCAGGAAGGAAGAAGAAUACCGCAAGAACAUCUGGAAGGGCUUCCUCAUCUGCAUUCCCUACUCAGCCAGCAUUGGGGGCACUGCCACCCUCACAGGCACGGCCCCCAACCUCAUCCUGCUUGGCCAGCUCAAAAGUUUCUUCCCACAGUGCGAUGUGGUGAACUUCGGCUCCUGGUUCAUUUUCGCCUUCCCUCUCAUGCUGCUGUUCCUGCUGGUGGGCUGGCUCUGGAUCUCCUUCCUGUACGGGGGAAUGACCCUCAGGAGCUGGAGGCGAAAGACACCUGAGCUCAGAACUAGUGCAGAAGAUAGGGCUCGAGCUGUGAUUCGGGAGGAAUUCCAGAACCUGGGGCCCAUCAAGUUUGCCGAACAGGCCGUUUUCGUCCUUUUCUGCAUGUUCGCCAUCCUCCUCUUCUCCCGGGACCCGAAGUUCAUCCCUGGCUGGGCCAGCUUCUUCACCCCUGGGUUUCUUUCUGAUGCUGUCACCGGUGUGGCCAUUGUUACCAUCUUGUUCUUCUUCCCAUCUCAAAAGCCUUCUCUCAAGUGGUGGUUUGACUUUAAAGCUCCCAACACAGAGACAGAGCCCUUGCUGACGUGGAAGAAAGCCCAGGACAUGGUGCCCUGGAACAUCAUCCUUCUCCUGGGAGGGGGCUUCGCCAUGGCCAAAGGCUGUGAGGAGUCGGGGCUGUCGGCGUGGAUCGGUGGGCAGCUGCACCCACUGGAGAACGUGCCGCCCAUGCUGGCUGUGCUGCUCAUCACUGUGGUCAUCGCCUUCUUCACCGAGUUUGCAAGCAAUACAGCCACUAUCAUCAUCUUCUUGCCUGUCCUGGCGGAGCUGGCCCUCCGCCUGAGAGUGCACCCCCUGUACCUGAUGAUUCCUGGCACAGUCGGCUGCUCCUACGCCUUCAUGCUGCCAGUCUCUACGCCUCCCAACUCAAUCGCCUUUGCCUCUGGACAUUUGCUGGUCAAAGACAUGGUGCGGACAGGCCUCCUGAUGAACCUGAUGGGCGUGCUGCUGCUCAGCUUGGCCAUGAAUACUUGGGCACAGACCGUUUUCCAGCUGGGCACCUUCCCGGACUGGGCCAACAUCCACUCAGCCAACAUCACAGCACCACCAUCUGCCUUGGCCAACAACACAUUUCGGACCCUCUGAGUCCCCCUUGGAGACAGUCGUUGGGCUGGGCCCCUUAAGAAUGCUUUGGCCAUCACCUCUUGCUGGGACUCUACAGGAUGAUCAAGCAGUUACUUUCUGUGACCCAGCAUGCAGCAAGCAAGGGUGGCCUGCAGUGGAUCCACAGGUUUAUUGUCUAGGACACCUUCUCCUCUCAUGUGCAGUUCAGGGCCCAGAUAUCCCCAGGUCUGCUGCCUGAGAAACAAACUCCUUUAUCUCUGAGCUGUUAUAUGGUUAGGAUGCAAGAAAGCCCAAUUUUAGCAAUAAUAAACAAACCUGGAGUGGCAUUUGUCUUGAACACUUGGGAUAGGAGGCCACCUGUCCCCAUGGCUAUGGCUAACAUCACCCCUUGACUGCUUUGGCUUAUGCUCUGGAGAGAUCAUCUUGCCUUGAGGGAUACCUCCCUCGGAGAGGCUUUGGAAUGACCCAAACCAGUGUUCCAGAUGUUCUCAGCCAGUGUGGGUUCUGCUUGGGUGGUGCCCAUUCUGUGCCAGUUGUGGGAAUAUUACCCCUGUUGAUACCCAGCUGCCAGAGUUGUUUUCAGUCCCUGGAGGCAGGGAGAGGGACAGAUGACUUCCUGCGGACAUGGAAAUUGCAGUCUCCUUGCUGCUCCUCAAGCGCACCAAGGGGAGAUCUAGAAACACCAGCUAAUAUCUCUAUUUAGGAUUUUCCUAUUUAAUCUGAUUCAGGUCUGCCAUAAUCCUGGGGUCAGACCAAGCCUGGGCCCUGGGCCUUCACAGGUGACGCAUAGCCCCCCAGCCAGGAAUCUCCUGCCCCAAGGAGGGCCCCAGGGGCCUUGGCAGCUGCCGGUACUUCUUGCUCCAGCAGCUGCUCUUUACCUCCCUACCCCUACCCCAAAUGGUAAGCAUGUUUGAUUAGCAAAGGCCACAUCUUUCAGAGGUGAGAGAAAAGUCAAAAGAUAAACUGAGGCCUUAUAAAAGACCAGGGUAAAAUGUCUCAAGCGGGCAAAAUAUCAUAAUCCUUUUCUGCAGACAGGGAAACUGGGAAUGCCCUGAGCCAGCAGCUUAUGUGGCUGUGCUAGAGGAUUUGUUUCCUCAUUUCCAGCAGGAGCAUCUGGGCCUCCCCAGUGAGCAGCCCAGUACUGACUGGGCUGGCAGGCACGCAGGAAGUGCCUGCAGGAUGAGGGGCCCAGCAUUAGCCCAGCAGGAGGAAAGGCUCCAGCUGAGGCUCCUGGCAGCCAUCACCCCUUCCUGUGUCUCUAAGGGAUGAGGUUCCCCAUGCAGAGCAGCGUGGGCAAGGAAGGCAGCACCCGGAGGCUGAACUCACCCUCAGCGCAGCACAAGUGAGUCACAGAUGUGAGCAGGAGGAGGCCCCUGAGUUGCAGGCUGAGCUCUGUUUCCUUCCCCUGUGAGUACGUCAGUAUUGAGUCACAGUUACAGCCCAUGGGGGUGCUGGGCACUCCUGUGGGACAGGGUAGGGGGAAGUUCAUUCACAGAGAGACCCAUGGGACUUGUAACCAGAGGAAUCCUGAUUUCCUAUACUUCUGAUUGAACAUGCUAUAAAAUAAAGAAUGUUAAUCAUUCUA